CUCAGUAGAGGGUUUCUGUCUCUCCUCUCUCUCUCUCUCCUUCUGGGAAACUGCGAUCAGUGCCAUCGGCAUUUGAUUAUUUGCAAACUCCUUUUGCUUUUUUUCCCCUCUCCCCCUCUCUGUCUCUGUCUCGCUCUCGUUCUCGCCUCCAAUGCAACUUUUGCAGAAACCCCCAACACACACAGACAUGUUGAGCUGAGAGCUAGGGGGAUCGGCCGAGUCCCCCCUCCCCGACCCCAAAGUCCCAAAUCUGGGGGGGGCUCUGACCACCUCCCCCACCCUUGACUUGUCCACUGUGCAUCGACCUCCCCAUACACACGCACCUUUUUCACUCCCUGCUCCUUUUUUUGGUGUUGUUUUUGUUAGAUGGACAGGAUCAAGGUUGGAUUUUUCUGUCUCUCCCCCGAUGAAGUGAGGCGGUGAUGCAGGAGGCUGGCAGCUUCGACUAUACGGAGAGACACAGGCUCAAGAUGGCAGAUUUGUAUUGAGUUUGGGGGGCUGAGAUCUCGCUUCAUAUUUUUAAUGUUUUAAUAUUUUUUUGCCAUGAAUAACACAUCAUUGCACCGAUGGCCCCUAUGUACGAAGGUAUGGCCUCACAUGUGCAAGUAUUCUCCCCUCACACCCUUCAAUCAAGUGCCUUCUGUAGUGUGAAGAAACUGAAAGUGGAACCGAGUUCUAACUGGGAUAUGACCGGGUACGGCACACAUAGCAAAGUCUACAGCCAGACCAAGAACUUGCAAUCUUCUCAAGCAGCAGCAGCAGCAGUCAAUGCCUCCCUCCAGAUUCCCAACCCCAGUAUCCCUUACGAACAGACCAUCAUCUUUCCAGCAAGCACAGGGCACAUUGUGGUGACAUCUGCCAGCAGCACUUCCGGUGUGGUUGCAGUGUCUGGGCAAGCAUUGGGCGGACCUCACAACCUGAUGCGUCGAAGCACUGUGAGCCUUCUGGACACCUACCAAAAAUGUGGACUUAAACGUAAGAGUGAGGAAAUUGAGAACACAAGCAGCGUACAGAUAAUUGAAGAGCAUCCACCAAUGAUUCAGAAUAAUGCCAGUGGGGCCACUGUAGCCACUGCCACCACAUCCACUGCCACAUCCAAAAACAGUGGCUCCAACAGCGAAGGGGAUUACCAGCUGGUGCAACAUGAAGUGCUAUGUUCCAUGACCAACACAUAUGAAGUAUUAGAAUUUCUUGGCCGGGGAACCUUUGGGCAAGUGGUCAAAUGCUGGAAACGUGGCACUAAUGAGAUUGUAGCUAUCAAGAUCCUGAAGAACCAUCCUUCCUAUGCCCGACAAGGUCAGAUUGAAGUGAGCAUCCUGGCCCGGCUGAGCACAGAAAGUGCAGAUGAUUACAACUUUGUCCGAGCCUAUGAAUGCUUCCAGCACAAAAAUCACACUUGCUUGGUCUUUGAAAUGUUGGAGCAGAACCUUUAUGAUUUUCUAAAGCAAAACAAAUUCAGCCCAUUGCCCCUUAAGUACAUCCGGCCAAUCCUCCAGCAAGUAGCAACAGCCCUAAUGAAGCUGAAAAGCUUGGGACUGAUUCAUGCAGAUCUCAAGCCAGAGAACAUCAUGUUGGUAGAUCCAUCCCGACAACCAUACAGAGUCAAAGUCAUAGACUUUGGUUCAGCUAGCCAUGUGUCUAAAGCUGUGUGUUCAACCUACCUUCAAUCCAGAUAUUACAGAGCCCCUGAAAUCAUCCUUGGUUUACCAUUCUGUGAAGCAAUUGACAUGUGGUCACUGGGAUGUGUCAUUGCAGAGCUGUUCUUGGGCUGGCCUUUAUACCCAGGGGCUUCAGAAUACGAUCAGAUUCGCUAUAUUUCACAGACACAGGGUUUACCAGCAGAGUAUUUGUUAAGUUCAGGGACAAAGACAACAAGAUUUUUCAACAGGGAUACAGACUCGCCGUAUCCAUUGUGGAGGCUAAAGACACCAGAUGAUCAUGAGGCAGAAACAGGGAUUAAGUCGAAGGAAGCAAGGAAGUACAUUUUCAACUGUUUAGAUGAUAUGGCACAGGUGAAUAUGACAACAGAUUUAGAAGGAAGUGAUAUGUUGGUGGAAAAGGCAGACCGGCGGGAGUUUAUAGAUCUGUUAAAGAAGAUGUUGACUAUAGAUGCGGAUAAGAGGAUAACUCCAAUUGAAACACUAAACCAUCCCUUUGUCACCAUGACGCACUUGCUCGAUUUUCCCCAUAGCACACAUGUCAAGUCCUGUUUCCAGAACAUGGAGAUUUGCAAGCGGCGGGUGAACAUGUAUGACACAGUAAACCAGAGCAAGACGCCAUUCAUCACCCAUGUGGCCCCGAGCACAUCAACCAACCUGACCAUGACCUUUAACAACCAGCUCAACACUGUCCACAACCAGGCCACCAACCUGGCUCCCACCUCCACCAGUGCCACUAUUUCUUUAGCCAACCCUGAAGUCUCCAUACUAAACUACCAAUCUGCACUCUACCAGCCUUCAGCAGCAUCCAUGGCCGCAGUGGCCCAGCGGAGCAUGCCCCUGCAGACAGGAACGGCGCAGAUCUGUGCCCGGCCUGACCCCUUCCAGCAAGCCCUCAUCGUCUGCCCUCCAGGCUUUCAAGGAUUACAAGCCUCCCCUUCAAAGCAUGCUGGGUAUUCUGUACGGAUGGAGAACGCUGUUCCGAUUGUCACUCAGGCUCCUGGGGCCCAGCCUCUUCAGAUCCAGCCAGGUCUCCUCGCACAGCAGGCCUGGCCUAGUGGGACCCAGCAGAUUCUGCUCCCUCCAGCCUGGCAGCAGUUAACUGGAGUAGCCACCCACACCUCAGUCCAGCAUGCGACUGUCAUACCGGAGACCAUGGCAGGGACCCAGCCACUGGCAGACUGGAGAAACACACACGCUCACGGCAGCCAUUAUAAUCCCAUCAUGCAACAGCCCGCGCUCUUAGCUAGUCAUGUGACUCUUCCAGCAGCACAGCCCUUGAAUGUGGGUGUGGCUCAUGUCAUGAGGCAACAGCCAACCAGCACCACUUCCUCCAGGAAGAACAAGCAGCACCAGUCAUCUACAAGAAACGUGUCCACAUACGAGGUUUCAUCCUCUCAGGCCAUCAGCUCCCCUCAGCGGUCAAAACGCGUGAAGGAGAACACCCCCCCUCGCUGUGCCAUGGUGCACAACAGCCCCGCCUGCGGCACUUCUGUCACGUGUGGGUGGGGAGAUGUGGCUUCCAGCACCACGCGGGAGCGGCAGCGGCAGACGAUAAUCAUCCCUGACACACCCAGCCCUGCAGUCAGUGUCAUCACUAUCAGCAGUGACACAGAUGAAGAAGAAGAACAGAAACAUGCGCCCACCAGCACCCUAUCCAAGCAAAGAAAAAACGUCAUCAGCUGCGUCACUGUGCACGAUUCUCCCUACUCCGAUUCCUCCAGUAACAACAGCCCUUAUUCAGUGCAGCACCGUGGGGCACACAAUAAUGGGAACACGUAUGAUACAAAAGGGGUACCAGAGACCCACUGCAGCGGGAAUCCCCGGACUAUAAUUGUGCCACCGCUGAAAACCCAGGCCAGUGAGGUGUUGGUAGAAUGCGAUAGCCUGGUACCAGUCCCCACCAGUCACCACUCAUCCUCUUAUAAGUCCAAGUCCUCCAACAUCAUGACCUCCACCAGCGGUCACUCUUCAGGGAGCUCGUCUGGAGCCAUUGCCUAUAGGCAGCAGCGGCCAGGACCACAUUUCCAGCAGCAGCAGCCUCUUAAUCUCAGCCAGGCCCAGCAGCACAUCGCGACUGAUCGCACAGGGAGUCACCGGCGACAGCAAGCCUACAUCACUCCUACAAUAGCUCAGGCUCCGUACUCCUUCCCACACAAUAGUCCCAGCCAUGGUACGGUUCACCCCCACCUGGCUGCGGCUGCAGCGGCUCACCUCCCUACCCAGCCCCACCUCUACACGUACACCGCCCCCGCUGCUCUGGGCUCCACAGGCACCGUUGCUCAUCUGGUGGCCUCCCAAGGGUCCGCUCGUCAUGCUGUGCAACACACCACUUACCCAGCCAGCAUCGUCCACCAGGUUCCUGUCAGCAUGGGCCCUCGGGUUCUGCCAUCACCCACCAUCCACCCAAGCCAGUACCAGGCUCAGUUUGCCCACCAGACCUAUAUCAGUGCUUCUCCUGCUUCUACAGUCUACACUGGAUACCCGCUGAGCCCCACCAAGGUCAACCAGUACCCUUACAUCUAAACACUGGAAUAAAAGAGAGCGAAAGAGAAAUCUACAAAGAGGGAGUGAGGUGGCUGUUUUUAUACUGAAGAACAUGACAAACAAUGCAAUAGGAGGCUCACUUGAAACUUGAACGAAGGAGACUUUAAGGGACAAAUGAGGAAGAAAAGGAGAGAACUAAUUCUACACUUUUUAUUUAAAAAAAAAAGAAAAAGGAAAAAAAAGAGUGAGAAAAAUAAAAACACAAAAUACAAAACCAUUCUGCACCAAACUGUUGGGAAGUGGGGGGAGGGGAAAGGACCAACAGCUGGGUCCUGUUUUUGGAGAACUUCAUCAAUAGACUUUUAAAGAUUAUUUUCAUCUGAUAAUGAGCUACAUUUAGGAAUUUGUUGUCCAGAACACCUAAAACAAAAUCCAUUCGGUUUUUCACUCAGUAAAUCUACAAUUCAGGGAUUUAUCCAGAAUUUCAAAGGGAUAAUGCCCCAUUUUUGCACUGGUCUCUGUAACCCAAAGGUAUGUAACGUGUUUUCCACGGGGAAAGUAAAUGGAGCAUUACAGACAGGGAUGAAGGAGGGGCAAGGAGGGAUUGUUCCACCACUCCAGAUUUCAAACCAAGCAUUGAUAUGCUUAAAAUGCAUACACACAAAGCAGAAUACAUAACAUUUGAGAAGAUCAGAAGCAUUUGGGGCUAUUUCCCCUUUCUGUGAGCACCCUGGAUAAAUCCCUGAGAGGGGUUAUUCUUAAAAAAUGUCUUUAAUAGUGUAUGUUGGAUUUCAGUUUCUUUGUUUUAUUUUAUUUGGAAAUUUUCUUUCUAAUCCCUAGCUAUUUUAGCGUAGGAGUAGAAAAUUUAGCUGGCCCCUUGGUAGAAUGUAGCACUAUACAGUACGUACACCCAUUUUACUACAUUGUGUUGAACUUCAAUGAUACCAAUAGACUUCCUCAAUGUGAUUGCACAAAAACAAAACAAAAAAAAAAGGAAAAAAAAAAGAUAUUACAUAGGCAUGUAACAAAUGUGAUUGUCCAGGUAUGUAUGCGUGUGUGCGUGCGCGCAGAUGCUGCCUUUUCUCUGUGGUGUUUUCCUCAGCACAGCCAUUACAACUGUCACAGUCUUAGUUUUACAUCAUUCCCUCGUAGUGCCUUACCGAACUACAAAUGCGGUUUAAGGGUUUACUUCCACUGGUACUCCUAGAAACUGACUGAGGCUAGUCAGAAUUUAAUCUGAGCUUUUUUUUUUUUUUGCGGUGGUGUUGAUUUUCUUCUUCUAGGUUAUUUUUCCACUUCUGUUGUUGCUCUUUGGCCAUUUGCCAAUGUGCAGUUGUUGGGAAGGCUUAGAGGAUGGAAGGACAUGCACCCAGAUAUCUGUUUAACAUUGUAUGGACUAGCAGUGACCAGAUUGGUCAGAAGACUCUAGUGUCGCUUCCCAAAGGAUCUAAGGUUUUGUUUGAAGGUCUGCUUCCCCCCCCCCCUUGGAAUAAAAAAUUUCCCCAUCUGAAGUUUAAUUCUCAUUCUGCAGUUUGGUAAAAUUCUUAGGGAUUGAAAGGAGAGAUUCCUCCCAUCUUUCCUCUACAAAUAUCUAGAGUGUUACAUUGCCCAAGUACUGUGUCUGAGAGAAGGGGGAAUGAGGAUUUGAUCCAGGAGAGGGGCAAUGCUUAAGGAUGCUUCUAUUAGAAUUUCAUAGAUGGUGGGGUGGAGGGAGAAGAGAAUGAGAGAAUUCAAUCUAGAGAGUCAAACUGAAGUUUCCUAAGUUAAAAGAGAAAGGUAUGAGACAUCAGGACCCUACCCAUUGUAAUGUAGUUCUGACUGUGUUCUUUCCCCCUUCCUCAUCCGACAUGUAUAAAAGUUGAAGUAAAAUACUGUUUGUAUUUGGUGAAAAAAUUCUUAUUCUGGGUCCUCAGCUCCAAAGGAACUCUGAACAGUACUUGUUUUCAGGUAGGUUUCCAAAGAGAGGCUUUCUUAGAGCUGAGAGAGUUAAUAGUGAAAAUGUGAUAAAAAAUGGGAGCACCAUUGCAUCCAUACUUAGAAUUGCUCUAAUAAACCAUGUGUAGUUGUAGGGGAAGGGAGAAGAGCCCAGUAAGAAAAAGUUUGAUGGAGUGUUCCCAUCAAACAUGAGGUCUGCAUGGCCACUUAGUGCCACUCUAGAUCUACCUGAAACUACAGCAAAGGGUGUUUUAAGGUGUGAUGCAAGAUGCUAGAAAAUAGCAGGUCAGUUGGCAGAGUGAAGAGGGAAUGAUUACCUUGGAUGGAGUUAUGGACAAGGUCUCUUUCUCUUGAGAGAGAGAAGCUGGUAAAAAAAAGACAAGCACAGCUGUAAUAUCUGGUCAUGAGCACUUGCCCUUCCGGAAGAAGGAAGGGAUGGAUCUCAGUGUGCAUAGAUUGGGCAAGAUUGAUUUAUUUUGGCAAACCAGCAAAUAUCCCUCAUCUUUGCCAUAUCAGAUUCAUGGUGUAGAUAUCCUUGCACCGUUUUAUUUUCUGUCUCUCCCUUGCUCACGCUAAACGUGACAUAAAUCAGUAUCUGAUCUCCCAGCAGUCUUUGCACCUUACAUUCUUCCUUCAGAAAGACAACCCUUUCCCAUUUAUCUAAGCUAAGAAAUUCCCCUUCCUCCCUGUAAGUUUCCGUUGCAUUCCUCUCAUAUCUCACCAUUUCAGGAAUGAAAGCGUCAUGCUGCUUGUGUCAUUAAAAGGAAUAAUAUUGUUAUUUUACUGUAUGAUUGUUCUGAUUUAUUAUUAUUAUUUUAUUAUGAUACUUUACUCUGGGUUUUAAUUGCACUUUGUUUUAUUUUUCUCUUAGUUUUAUUAUUAUUGUUGUUUUGUUAAUUUUAUUAUGAAUAGUUUCUCUUCCUCAGUGGCAUCAGGGGGGUUGCAGUGUCUGAAAACUGCAGAAAGAGAGGAAAGAUAGUUUUGUUCUGAGAUGGUAAAGGGUGCAGAGAGAACAGGCAGAGCAGGGAAGGGAUGUGCCAUGAGAGUGGCUGUGUCCUGUAGGGAUGGUGCAUUGUCCCCCAUGGAACAUGCAUUUUAUCACAAUGCCAGAAACUUUCUCUUGGAGGCAGAGACCAAACAGCAACCUAAGUCAUUUUUUAGCAUCAGAGCGAGAUUAAAAGUAUGGGAGGCCCCUGCGUUCAAAAAGUCCAGCUCAGCAUCACAUUGUAGUGGCUAAUGUUUAGUGGGGCACUUCUAUGAGACCAAGACCAGGCCAUGUCCUCAUCAGGCCUUUAAUUAAACUGAGACUGGGGCUAGUGUCAGAGCUCAAUUUCCCAGAAGGGAAAACAAAAUAGUUGGCUCCCACUCCUCAGAAGGUGUCUUAUCAACCCUCCAAGCUCGAGAACCUGAAUGGAGGAAAGAAUGCGACCCCCAGUCCAGUCACUGGAUAAACAACAUGGACAGACAUUGAAGACACAUGUUAAAACCAAACAGCAGCAAUAGCCAGGUAUCUGUCCUGUUCUUCCAUUUCUGAAGACUAAUGGUGUGUCUAUAUGAUCAAGGUAUUUGGCUUGUGAUCCCUCCUCCUUGGUGUAGCUGGUCUUUUAAUUGUCACUUAUUGAAUUUUAUUAAGUUGUUUUGUUAGAUAGAAUGAUGAUAUUUAUGUUUGGAGUUACAUCUCUCACCCUUAUUAAAGCUGUGGGCGUAGAGUGUGCAAAGGCCCUAAUUCAGUAGCACGUUGAAGCACAUGCUUGGGUGCUUUGCUGAAUAAGGAUGGACUUCAAGCGCAUUCUUAAAGUCAAAAUAUCGGGGCUGAUAAAGCAAGGAAAGGGAGAAAGGGUGGGUUUUAACCUCACUUAGCAAAAUGUUUGAUUUAUUUAUUGUGUUUUGCCUGUGCACGUCUGUCUUGUUCUUUCACUAAAGCAUUAAUCUGAUUUCUGUGGGAAGAGGGUGACAAAGCCUACUGUGAUGUGAAGGCCAGCAUUGCAAAGUGGAAGGGGCAGUUGUCUGUCCUGUUUGUGUGGAGAGAAGAGCUGUGCUAACUAUGGUUCUGAUGCCAGCAUGGUUAAGUCUAUGGGGCUGGAAGGGGCUGUAAUAAGGAUGAACAGUGUAUCUGCAGUUUGAAUUGUGUUUUUGUCGCAACGCUAAAGGUGUGGGCCGAGUUUUCUCCUGGGUAGAGAGGGGCGAAGCAAAAAAUUGCCUUUCCCUCCCAUUCUUUUUGAAAAUACAGUUUGGUAAGUGCAGUACUGUUAGCCACACAGGGGGCAGACAAUGUUAGUGGAGGAGCUAAAUUCUUGGCACACUGUCGGUGCUACACAAGUAACAAUAGCUGAAUUAUUUAGCUGGCAGAGACCUUUGAAGUUGAAAAUAGGAUUGAUGUGUUUUGGAAUGAGCUUGGGGUUCUUUGUGGGUGUGGAGCAAACUGCUUGGAAACGUGAGGGAGAAAGUAAAUGGUUCUGUACUGGAAGUAUUACUGGUGGUUCCUGGUUGGCACAGCGUAGAAGUGACCCCUUUUCCCACCACAGUGUCUUGUUUUCUUAUGAUGCUGGAAAUGGGAGAAAUGAACAGACAUUGCCUCUCUUAGAGCUGGACAUUCAAAGUGCUGCUAUGAAAUCAGAAUCUACAAAGACAUGGAGGGACUAGUUACCGUGAGCAGAACAAAACAACACAAAGGAAGAGCUAGAACUUUUCACAGUGUAAAUUGGGUCAAAUCCAGGUGUUUGAAGAAACAACCGCAAUUGCAUUCCCCUCUUUGGAUUUGCACCUGCUUAUACCGGGGCUACAUUUGAUCCUCUGGGGAAACUUUUAACUCCCUCAUUCUCUGUAGUAGUUCUGUCAAGAAACAUUCCAGCAAAGGGACACUUCUGUCUCUGUCAUUCUUUUUUUAUAUUCUCAAGGGUUUAUGCCUCAGAAUUUGGUUUGAAAGAAAUUCCAUUACCAAACUUGAAGGGAAGAUAAAAACCCUUUUCUUUCUUUAACCAAAGAAACUUAAUAAAUAAAUUUAAAUAAAGAGAAAGAGACCCUACCCAUUACAGAUUCAGAAUUAAGUUACAGGUCCACACUGUCAGACAAUAAUGACACGCUAUGGAAUUCCUUUCCUUUCCUUUUUCUUAACUAGCUUGUUGAAUGGAGAAAUUCAGUCACACUAAAAUAUUGCUGCUAUCCUAAACUUUGGGGACAUCGAAAACAUUAUGCUCCUGUCAUUAUUAUUCUUCAUAGUAAUUACAAUGUAUCUUAUCAGUGGCAACAACACGGUGUUCAGUUGUGAACUGUGUAAUGAAAAUAAGCUUCCAUAAGCUCCUCGUGCUUCUCAUUUAACUCUCCUGCCUUAGGACUCUUAGCAAUCGCUGUGUGUCAGUUUCAAUACAGCGCUGUAGCUCCUGUAAUGACAAAGCCUCUACAAAGUUGGGCAAACGCAGAAGAAUUGUUUGUAAAAGUUUUGUGCAGGUUUGUCAUGCGCUAGCAAUCAGCCCGGCCAAGGGUGUGCAGUGCUACUUACAGGCCAAGAUCCAGACCUGUGAAUGCAAGGUCCAAAUAAAUGUUCCUUAUUCAGGGAAUUCUGCAGGCAUCGGGGAAAUAAUCCUCUCCUUCCCUCACCAGUGUGACCCAGGCCCAGGGCCACUAUAGCCUCUGUACCCACUGUGUUUCCCUUCCCCUGUGGGGAGGUUUAGGCCAGUGGAGCUGUAGUUUUGUAUACUUGGGCCAUAUUCCUGUUGAUCCCCCAAUCUGCUCUGCAGUAUUGUAGAGACAGCCUCAGCUUUGCAGUGUGCAUGAUGUGUGGAGUGCUCCAAAUUCCCUCUCUAGAGUCUGGCCCUGUGCAUUAGGAUCAGUUUAAUUCCUCUGCUUUUAAGGUCUCAGUUCUUAGAGAGAGGAAAAUGGGAGGGGACCCUGUGUAUCCAGUGCUUGAGUCUGUAUGCUGUCACCAUCUGGCAGAGCUCCCUUUGAAGCCAAUAGGAAUUUUGCCUGAACGUAGACCAAGUCAAGACUACAGGACUAGGCCCUAAAGUAUCAGUCACGUGGAGCAAAACAUCCUUUAUGCCACAGUAUUUUACAGCAUAUGUGGUCACACUACUGCAAACUACAGUGUCUCGGCUUAUUGCUGUAGUGUUGUUUUUAAGACGAGGCCCAGCCCAUGCUACCUGCCCCCCGGUUCCAAGUAUAUAUAGUAUGUUGCCACUGCAUGCUGCGAUGCCAGCCCCUCAAAGGGUGCUGCUAUAUGCUAUUGCCACCCUGAAGCUGCUGAAUUGCAUCCGGCAGUGUCACUGCAGGGUUAGCAUUCAGACCAGAUGGCUGAUUUGGUCCUCGGUCCUGCAGGUACUUAUGCCCAUGAAUAACUUUACUCCUGAGAGUGAUCCCAGAGAGUUUUCAUGGAAUCACUCGCAUAUGUGAAGUUGCUCAAGUAUGUAAAUGUUUGCUGGAUGCAGCGCUAGAUAAGCAGACAAGACUGAUCUCAGCAAACACAAAAUGUUCUCAUUGGAGAAGAAAACACACGUAUUGCAUCAAGUGUGAAAUUUGAGUGGGGAAUUAGCUUGACUUUUCAGGAGUCUUAUGAAACAUACAAUGAGGCUUUGCUUUCUGCAUCUCUAGAAUCAGAUUGAACUUUACAUUUUUCACAUACGGGUUAGCUUGUCCUUCCAAUUUUAGCAGUGCUGCUAUAACAAACUCUUCAUGUGUGUAUGAAGAUAGAAGUUUUUGUUUUUAAUCUUUUGCUUGUCAUAGUUAAUCCAAGAAAGGCAAUACUAAAGGUAUAUUUUUUCCAAAAAUGAUAUUUUUACUGCACUGAUAAAUAUUGUGACAUCUCUGAUCUUAACUUUUUAGCUGCAGGGGGAAUUAUGUGCAGCAUCACAUAGAACUUGUAAAUACUUCUGUGGGGGGGUCUGACAGCCAGGGAAUUUUUCUUUCAUAAAAAAUAAAAAUAAAAAUAGAAAGGUUUCUUCAUUGAAAUGGAAAGAGAUGGCCAACUAUUCUGAGAGCAAAAGAAAAGUGUAUUCCACUUUCAGAACAUGGCCAAGGAGCUUUUGCAGUGCUGGCAUAGAGUUGAUGAUCAUGCAGAUGUGUUUUGAUUUUUCUUCCCCAGCAUAUUGAUUUGAAAAGUUUAAGGAAGUUAGAAAAACUUUGGUCUGGAAUUCUGAUCAGAAAUGUUAUUCAUCAGCCACAUGGUACCUCUUAGGGUUUUUUUAUAUUUUGUUUUUUAAUUAAUCUUUUAACGACUGGUUCCAGGAUUGCUUGCCAAGGUUCUAGGUUGGUCUAUAUGUGUUCUAAUCUUAUCUACUGUUCUAGAACUCAUUGACUCCAUUGGAAGCAAACCCACCUGAUCAGGAUUCUGGAUUUUGAUUGGUUUAAAGGGUAUUCUAGAGUUAUGGUAGAAUACCUUCCAUUUUUUAAAGAAGGAUUUAGAUACACUUAUCUUAUACAAACUGUGACCUAUUGGCAAUAAUUACCUCAAAUGUGGGCAUUCAUCCUGGUUUUAGCCUUUUUGAAAACAUGUAGCCAGCUUGAACUUGGGAUUCAAAGACUAUAAACUCUGUCUGGGCGGAAUAAUGAUAAAUGCCCACCCUGGUCAUUGUUGCUUAACUGAAUUCUGAAGACAGUGAUUCUUUAAAACAACAACAACAAAAAACCCCAAGGAAUAGAUUACUCUUUUAUGUAUUGUAUUCAAUUGUUAAAAUGCACAUGUAAGUAUGUAUGUUUAUAGCUACUGUAAAAUGCUUUGGCCUUCUAGAAGAUAUUUAAUGAGUCACAUUUUAAACCAAUAUGAACUGAAUAAUAGACUGUGGCUACUUAAACAGUUUUCUGGCUACAUUUUAUAGUUAUUACAGUGUUUUAUAGUUUACAUUUAAACUGGUACUUUUUAAGGGAAAUUUCUGUUUCUAAAUUUCACCUUCAAAAACUCAAUACAGCUGCCUCUUUUUUUUUUAAUUUUGCCCUUUCAAAAAAUGAAAAGUACAGAUGUGUCUUUAUUGUGUCUGUUUUGAGAUAUAACAUAGUAUUGGAAAGUGAGUUCAGAUCAAACAAUCCGCCUUGUUCCAAAGUAUGGUUAUGAAACCACUCCACACAUAUUGAAGUAUAAUCCAACACGAGCCAUUUAUUUUUUAAUAACAAACUUUAAUGAAUCUCCUUGGGUUGAAACAUGGAGCAAAAUACUUCCAAAUCAACUAUCCUCUGUAGGACUUGGAUGAAGAUACCUGUGUAAUGAGAAUGAAGGAUAUUCAGAGGAAGGGAUGUACUGUAUUGUUCGUAACUCAUUAUCUGAACUAUUGAUUCCUGAGCUAAUGAAUCCCUUUUUGGCUUUUUAUUUUUGCUUUUUGACAGCCACUCUAAGAGGCAAUGCUGUGAUUUGGCUUUCGUUCUGUUCACCCCUUUAUGCAAGUGACACCACCCUAGAAAUAUUCUGAACUAGUGAACUAAAUACAAAGUCCAUUGACCCAUCUCUCUGCAAACUUCAUUAGCAAAAGGUAGUACCCUUUGGUGCUGUUUGAUUAUUAUGGGUUGUAGUGUAUUUUAUAUUUUGACGUAACCCCUUUUUAUCAGUCUCACUUCACCAUGAGUAUCUGUCUAGUUUUUGUCUUUGUUUUCUUUCAGUUGAGUAACCAGUGAACACAGUGGAAUCUCUGCUGGGCAAAGCGGCAUUUUUAGAUAACAAAAGUACUUGAUUUGGCAUUUUAAAAAUACCUGUCUGAGGAACUGAGCUUCAGCUGUGGAGCUCAUUAAUAUCAGCAAAGCUCCCUGCAUCUUUCAGUGAGGCCUGACCCAGCUACACUGUUGAUCCUGGCAACUGAAUGAGUUACUGGAAAGCAACAGUGAUCCUUCAUUGGUAGGCCCUUAUGCUGCUCACAUUGAAAUCACUGUCAGAGCUCCCUAUUGAGUUCAAUGGGAGCAGAAUGGGUCCCUAGCCCUUGCUCCCCUCCCCCCCAGUAGCUCCAGUCAUUGCUAAGUACUCUCACUGUAGCUCCCAUUAACAAAGCGAUAAACUUAUCAAGACUGGGGUUGCCAUUUGGUGAAUUAAAUAGAGGACUCUUAGCAGCCCAUGGGCAAACUGGAAAAUGUCCAUCCCCUAAUAAGCCACGGUCACAGACUCAACAGCCUGUUCUGACUCUUUAUGGCAUGAGCCAGCCCUGGAAAUACCAGCUCACUGGGUUGAAGGAGUUUUUUUAAUACUUUGGCUUGGAACUUGAAAAGCAAGGAGGGGUUUCUAAUACUGGCAAUGUGCAUCCCUUACAAUCUGAAUGGUUACAUAUAGCACUUCAAAAGGGAAGUCCAACAUUUUGCAAUGCUUCCACAUUUGGUGGUUACACACAACACUUCUGUCUUCUUUGUUCCUUAUUUGUUUGGUUUUGGCUUUUUUGUGUUCUUAAAAUACUUCCAUGGAUAUUCCAGGGCACAGCCAUUUCAGAUGUAGAAAGUAUUCAUCAUCCCAUGUGUUUCACCAAUAAACAAACAAGGCAUUUUUGGGUAUCAGAUUCUACUUGACAGAAUUGGAAUGUCGCUUGUGUAUUCUAUAGCAAACCAAAUUUCUGAAAAGACAGGAAGUAUAAUGAAUAGCUUUAUUAAAAGGAGAGUGAGUGAAAGAGAGAGAGUGAGAGAGAGAAAGCAAGAAAGGGGCAUCUUGGAAGGUGAAGAAUCCAGGGUAGCUAAUUAAAAUUAAGAAGUGAAACAGUAUUUUUUUUUUAAAUAGUGAAAUCCUAUUAUGAAAGGGAGAAAGAGAAUGAUUUAUACCUUUUGACUGUCCACGAACCCAAAGUACUCUGAAUGGAAAGUGGAAAUUAGUAUAUACUGUGCCAGAAUUGUAAAGAGGAAGAAAGGAAAAAAACACAAACAUAUCAAAAAUGCAAGGGAAAAAGAUGCCCUCUGGCCCCCCAUGUAGUAUCUUGAAUGGUUCUUUCUCUGGAGUGUCAUCUCAGCCCAGUAAACCCAUGAAAGCCCUGAUCUAUUGUGUUCCUCCACUGUAUGGUUUCUGUAAUCUGAGUGUUAAUCUUCGUGAAAAUUGUAUGCAACAGUAUUUUCUUGUGUACUGCUUUUUUCCUAUGUGAAUUGUCCCUCUUUUUUUCUUUUUCUUUUUCCUUUUUGUCUUUCUUCUCCCUUCCCUUUUUUGGGUAAAUAUGUAUUUCUUCUUUUAAAAAAACAAACAAACUGAUGUGUUGUAGACCUAUAUGUAACCUAUUCCUUAGUCUCAUAUUAUAGGUAUGUUAUAAGAAUGGAUAUUUUACUUGGCUUUAGAAUGUUUUACAAGAAAACUAAUUCUUAACCAAUCAAGUUCUUGCUACUAAAAAAAAAUGCUUGUGUUUUUCAUCAUGACGUUGUGUGCUUCUAAUUAAUAAUCAUUUUCGUUGUAGAAAAAUGGAGUGAAUUUAUAUUAGUCUUGGAAACUAAUAAUAGCAUUGUAAAUUUAUGAGAUGAUUUUAACAGAAAAUACAUUAUAGAAGAAUAUAGUUAUUUUAAUUGUAAUAUUACUAACUGUAGGGUGAGAAAGGAGGUCCCGUUGUGGUGAACUAUGUUAUAGCUUGUUAUUCACGGUUUCUUUUUGAUCAUUUUUUCGGUCUCUGAGGUGAAACGAGUUAUUAAUCAGAAUUUGUAAACUCACAUAUGCAUAUUGUAUAUGUGUAGAAAUGUAAUCACACUUUGUCUUGGAAUUACAUUAAACUGUUUUAAGUCACUGCAAA